AUGCCUCGGCUCUCUCAUGCUCUCCUACGCAGAGCUUACAAUAUUUCGCCUUUAUUACCAUUAGUCCUCCGAGAAACACGCAGUCUUUCAUCUGCGAUUAAUGAAUUACGAUGGCUACGUGAAUAUGUUGAUAAAACGAUGAGCCAUCGUGUGCCCAAUCAAAAAUGGAGGACUUUGCUAAAACUCUGCCAAAGACGUGCCACAGGGGAGCCACUGCAGUAUAUUCUCGGCACCCAGCCCUUUGGGGAAUUGGAGAUUAAAUGCAAGCCUGGAGUACUCAUUCCUAGGCCAGAAACAGAGGCAUACACAACACAUCUAGCAGAACUUCUUAUCAAAGCACAGCGUUCUUUCCACGAAACAUCGGAAAAUCAGCAUAAUCCACUGAAGAUCGUUGAUUUUUGUUCUGGGACUGGUUGCAUUUCCCUUCUCUUAUACUCGCUUUUACAUCAAGUAUAUCCUAGGCUCGAGAUCGUCGGUCUAGACAUCUCUAAAAAAGCGCUUGAUUUAUCAAUUCAAAAUGUUCGUUUUAAUUCUCUGAACAGAUCUGCACAGCAAAGUGUUCAUUUUGAAUUUGCUGAUGUUCUCAGUGACGAGAAAUUAAUCCUAGGUAUAUUUCAAGGCGUCUGCGAUGUAAUUGUGUCUAACCCCCCGUAUAUAUCAGAAGAUGGAUUUAACAAGGAAACGACACGAUCGGUUAGAAAUUGGGAACCAAAAAUUGCACUGGUUCCUGAUACAUCGAGGCGGGAAACCAUACACUUCAAUGAUACUUCCGGAAAGAGUUCUCUAUUAAAAGUGGAGGAUAUUUUUUAUCAUCAAUUAUUGCGAUUUCAUUCCCUUUUGAAGUCAAAAAUUCUUGUAAUGGAAAUAGAAUUGAAAUAUGGAGGGACUGGCCAGAUCAACACGAGUUUGGAAACGAGAGUGCAGAAUGCAUGUUUCUGGACAAUCACAAAAUAUGUUUUCUUGUUGUUCCAGACUUGGCAAGCUCGUAUGGCAUUUCACUCUGAAACUGCCAUAAACAUUCUUCCAAUGGCCCCCUGA